CUUGAAGCUAAUCCUGGUCUCAAAGUGCAGAUUACUCAGAAAGGGCUGGACUAUGGCAAGACAAUUGGGAUGGAACUCCUGAAGGAAGCAAUACUGAAAGAGACCUUCCCAAGCUGGAGUGGGCAGGAGAGCUUUGCAUUUGUUAAAGUCAACUACAGAAUUUCAAGAAGAGGCCAAGGAGGAAUUACUGUGUCCCUUUCAGGACUGUUUAUGGCAGUUGUUUUUGAAGUGUCGCGGGACAGCACAGGACACUUGUCUGUAUUGCUGCACAAUUGUCAGUUGAUCAUUAAUAGUGUAAAAGUCCGGUUAAAUGGAGGAUCUAGCUGGGUCUAUAACUUCCUGUCUGGUUAUCUGGAGAAGGCCAUUCACACCAAAUUGGGUAAAAAUCUGUGCCUAGAUAUCAAAUACAAAAUACAAAUGUUGGAUGCCUAUCUUAGAAAGCUUAAGGUCUUAAGCCAGAUUGAUGCCUUUGCACAAAUAGACUAUUCCCUAGUUAGUUCUCCAGCAGUCUUCAAAUCACACCUUAACCUGGACUUAAAGGGUGAUUCCAUGCUUUACCUGGGAGUCUCCAAUUAUUUUCUUAAAUCUGCUUCACUGGCCUACUACAGAGCAGGGGUCUUCAACAUCACCAUCUCCCGAGAGCUUGCAACUGCUUUUAACCUAACCACAGCCCUAUUCAAAAAAUUUCUUCCUCAGAUUGCUAGGUACUACGUAGCAGCACAUCCAGUGCUACUGAAGCUGAUGGCUACAUCACCCCCCGAAGUCAGUUUGCAGGCAGAUGGAUGCAGCCUGCAGAUCACUGGCCUUGUGGAAGUAUUUGCUGUUCUGCCAAAUUCAGCCAUGCAGUACAUCUUUACAGGGCAUAUAGCUCCAGUUGUCCCUGGUGCACUCCCUUGCCAGGUAUUCCGGGAUAAACUAGGAAAAGGAUUUCCUCUUCCUAAGUUGGCCCACACUAUCCUCGUCAGACCUGUAAUAAAAAUGAAUCAGGGUCAUCUGGUGAUUUCCACUGAUGUUCACUACAAACAAAAGGCAGGGGAAGAUGGGGACCUUCACAGUCGCUCUUAG